UUUAUUAUGUAUACAAUAUUCUGUCUGCGUGUAUGUCUGCAGGCCAGAAGAGGGCACUAGACCUCAUUACAGAUGGUUGUGAGACACCAUGUGAUUGCUGGGAAUUGAACUUAGGACCUUUGAAAGAGCAGGCAGUGCUCUUAACCACUGAGCCAUCUCUCCAGCCCCAAAUAUAUAUAUUUUUUUAAUUACAAGAGUGUGGGCACAGUAAGGAGAUAAUUUACAACACUUAAGAUUUUUUGGAUGUGUUUUACUUUAUGAGUAUGAACAUUUUGCUGGAACGUAUAUAUGUGUAGUACAUGCAUGCCUGGUGCCUAUGGAAGUCAGAAGAGGGCACCAGACCCUCUGGAACUGUAGUUACAGAAGCUUAUGAGCGAACAUGUGGACCGUUGAGAAUGGAACCUGGGUCCUCUACAAGAGCAGCAAGUGCACUUAACCAAUGAGCCAACUCUCCAGCCCCUGCAACACUGUUUAAAAAUACUUUUAUUUUUCUUAUUUUAGUUGUAUUCUUGUGGUGUGUAUGUGUGUGCAAGUGUGUGUAUAGAUAUAUGAAUAUGUGGGCAGGAAAUCAGAGACAUCAGAGCCUCACGGAGCUGGAGUUACGAAUAGUUGUGAGCUGCCUGAAGUAGGCACUGGGCACCGAACGUAGGUCGUUCUACAAGGACAAUAUGCGUCCUGAACCUCUGAGCUAUCGGCACCUUACAAUAUUCUUUACUCCAGAUUCACUACCCAAGUACACAAACAGCCACGGUCACAUCUGGCUGUGCCAGGCAUGCCAGGGAAAGCAAGCUGCCUUUCGUGGAGCAUAUCAAACGCCACCUGGAAAGCUGUCCAGGAUCGGAAGAUAGUCCAAGGAAAGUUGGAAGUGACAAAGUCCACUGGGAGAAAUGGCACAGAAGGGGAAACAUCAGCUCAUGAAGGGUCAAUAGCUUACGUAAAUAGGGCUUAAAUGUUGUCCACUGUGUACUUCCAGUGUGAAGGCAUCUUAGCAAUAUUGGGGGUUAGUGGCUGGAGCUUUCGGUGGAUUACAUGUUCUCACCAUCUGAAAAGCCUGUUGCAUGCUCCCACGAUGGACUGGAUUCACUGCAGAGUAACUGAGUGGCUGCUCAUCAGGGAAAGCAUCCUUCAAGGUCCACUGCCAGACAUGAGUGAGCAGCAGGAGAGGGAGACAGAAGAGGAUGAAGGAGGUACUUCAGACACAGCGCCCAUGCUGCCCCGAAGAAGGCCUACUGACUACCAUAUCCCAGUCCUGGUAUGCCCGGGGUGGCCCAUCCUGACCACCGAAGGCCUCAGGACCCUGCUGCUGCCUGGCCGGGCUCUGGUUGGGUUCCUGUGUCAUCUGCUGCUACCCGGGACAGUCUUCCUGCUGGUGUUGCUGCCAGCUGCUGCCAUUGUCUACCUGGGAUUCCUGUGCCACUCAAGGGUUCAUCCAGCCCCGGGUCCACGGUGCCGAGCGCUGCUCUCCGAUCGCGGCUCUGCAGCGCUCAUCGUGUUCGGAUUCCUCUCCUUGCCGCCUCUCCUGGUGCUCGCCUCCGCCGCCCGCUCCCUCCUGGUCCGGCGACUACGCUCUGUCCUGCCUACCCCGGCGAGGGCCCCCGAACCGCGCCGCCCACAGAGAUGCAGCGAAGAGGAGCUGGCGGGCGGCCGCCCUGACGAAGAGAAGCAACUUUGUGCCUGGGUCUGAUGCCUCAGAGACGUCUCCGUGUCGAGAGCCUCCACUUGACUUCCAGAAAGUGGGCGGACGAGUGGAGCGGCCGCCUCUGGGCUCGGAGCGCAGUGCUCGAAGUCGCCAGGAGAUGGCAACCGGGUCCCUUGGACCGGGUUGGUGCUUCUCUCUGAGGAGGGAAGUGGUCCUCUGAGAAGGUGCCAUGGGCUUUGCUCCCUUACCAAGCCAAUGCAUUCCACUCCUACCUGUCAGCAGCCAGCUUUGCGGAUAUCUAUGUCUCCCAAAACCAAGCUAGUCCCAGAAGCUCCAGUGUGAUCAGUAGCAACCAGACUUCAUGACUUACCUUGAGACUCAGGAGUCAUCUUGAGUCUCAAGGUCGGCCCAUGGCCCAGGACAACGGCUCAAUUGUGUCUAUAGUCAAACAUUUACUAGGUAAGGUUUUGUCCACACUUAGUCUGCGACCAGGAUUAGUGGCUCAGUAAGUCCACGGUCAGCACUCUGUUUAUAGUGUGUGUGUUUUUUUUAAUAUAUAGUUUAUUUUAUGUUCAGUGAUGUUUCUGUGUAAGGAUGUCCCAAGCAAGCCCUGGAACUGGAGUUACAGACAAGUGUGAGUCUCAGUGUGGGUACUGAGAAUUGAACAUGUGUCCUUUGGAAGACCAGACAGUGCUCUUAGCUGCUGGGCCAUCUCUGCAGCCCCUAGUACUCAGCUUGUUUUCGGAAUCAGGUAUCAAUGUAUACCCAGAACUGGGGCUCUGCCUCUGACCAGGGUUCUUUCUUUUGAGACAGGCAACAGGGAAAGAGCUCAAUUUACAAUAUGAGAAUUUUUGCUUGUUUGUCUCUCUGUGGUUUUGGUGCCUGUCCUGGAACUAACUCUUGUAGACCAGGCUGGCCUUGAACUCACAGAGAUCCUCCUGCCUCUGCCUCCCGAGAGCUGGGAUUGAUGGCGUGAGCCACCACCGACCGGCUACAAUGUGAGAAAUUUUAAGAUUUAUCUUUGCAUUUGACACGCUACAGCUUUACUAACAAGUUCCUAUGUAUGGGUAAAUUAUCAUCCUUCUUCCACUCCUCCUCCCAGUCUCCCAUCUCCUCUUCUUCCUUCUCCUUUCUCCUCCUCCUCUUCUUCCUCCUUUCAUGUCUUCAUGAACAUACAUACUAGUAUUAAAAUAUCUUAUUUAAUUUUUCAGUGAUCCUAAGAAAGAAUUCCAAAUCUUAUACUUGUUAGGCAAGCACUCUACCACUGAGCUAUAUCCUCAGCUCAGGACAUGUUUUUUAAAAUUUUUUUGAUUUUUUUAAAAAUAUUUAUUUAUUUAUUAUAUACACAGUGUUCAGCCUCCAUGCCUGCAGGCCAGAAGAGGGCGCCAGGUCUCAUUACAGAUGGUUGUGACCCACCAUGUGGGUUGCUGGGAAUUACUUAGGACCUUCAGAAGAGCAGUCACUGCUCUUAACCACUGAGCCAUCUCUCCAGCCCCUUGGUUGGUUUUUUGAGACAGGGUUUUUCUGUGUAGGCUGGCCUUGAACUGAGAAAUCUGUGGUGCCUCUGCCUCCUGAGUGCUGCAAAUAAAGGCAAUGCAUCACCACACCCAGCUAAUAAGGUUUUUUUUCUUUUCUUUUCUAGACAAGGUUUCUUUGAGUAACUCUGGCUAUUCUGGAACUAGAUAUGUAGACCAGGCUGGCCUCGAACUCACGGAGAUCCACCUGCCUCUGCCUCCCGAGUGCUGGGAUUAAAGGCGUGUGCCACCACUUCUCAGCUAAGAUUUACUAUUAUUAUUUUUUAACUUUUUAUUGAUUCGUUGUGAAUUUCACAUCACACACUCAGUUCCCAUUCAUUUCCCCAUCCCUUCCGUAUCUACACCUCCUGCCCUUGUAACCUCCCCACCCCCAAUAAAAUAAAAUUUAAAAGAAAAAAAAAACAACUCGUCAUGGGAGCUAUAGUGUGUCACAGUGAGUCACACAGUGUGCCCUUUAGUUCAUCCAUCUUUGCUUGCAAGUCUUCACUGCAGUGAGUCACCGGUCUAGUUUAUGGCCUCUGACUUCUGCUACACUAUUAGUACUGGGCCCUCACUGAGACUCCUCUUGGAGAUCCUGUUGUUACCCUAUAUCAUGGAGACCCUGCAGCUUCGAAUCUGCAGGACUAACUUCUUCACAUGCUCUAGCUGUUCACAGAAGGGGUGGAUGUUGGGGUGGGCCAACUCACAGCCCUGGGCCUGGGCCUGGGCCUGGGCCUGGGUGGCAGAUGGCCAGCUCUCCCUCAUCCUCACCACCACGUCACCCUCUCCAGCACUGCCUCAGCUAGCUCACCCACACCCAUACCACCAGGGCCAGCUCUACCGUGCUGCCCAGGCGAACUGAAGGGGCCACCCUCCCUCCUGAGCGCUGCAGUUGAUGAGGGAAAAGCCAGCUUUCCUGCUCCCAUGCUGCAGGGCGGAGGGAGGGGUGAAAGGCAUCUCUCCUUCUCCCAUGCUACCACAUGACAGAUGAGGUGACCAUGGGGCCAGCUCUCCCCUCUCACCCCCUCUGGGCCGGUUCAUCUGUGCCCGCUCUAGACAACAGGGUCAGCUCUGCUGUGCUGCCCAGGCGAGGUACAGGACCCACUCUCCCUGGUGCUGCUGCCAGUGAGGGGCAAGGCCAACUCUGUGCAGCUUUUGGAUAUUAACAUGGUCCCAGGUGGCAGUCCAGACCAGGGACAUACACAUGGUGGUGAUAUGGGCCGUGGACAUCGACACAGACCCCUGCUGCUGCAUGGCUGUGACCAUGGCCCUCAGUGGCAGCAUGAACCGGGACUCACCGUGGUCUCCGAUGAUUUUGCAGGCUACUCACCUCAGGCUGUUUCUCUCCACCUUCACGUCUUCAGAUCCACCUCUCUUCAUAGUACUCAAACCGUUCUUCUCUUUCCCAUCUCUCUGCCCCACACUUGCAUGUCACAGUGGCUUGGGCUGUGGGCGGGGUCUCUAGGACGGUAAAACUGUAGUUCAACACAGACCUGUCCAGUCUCACAGUUGAACUGCUACCACAACCAGCUAGAGAGAUUAGCAGAUAGGCCAGCGAUGAGACAGAAAUACAACAGGACAUGUCCAGCCAGUGGCAGGUCUCCAUUCUGCGGGUUCUGCUCUUCUGCUAGGACGCAGCUCCGGGAAUCACAGCCAUUUGUACAGUGGUCAGUUUUCUCAAAGGAAGAAGACCUGGGCCCACUUGAACUUGUGUAGGUUACCGGCUCAACUGGUGGGCAGUGUCGUUCACCCUUCCCAAGGAGCAAGAACAGCAACCACCUUUGAGUCUCUAACUUUGCCCCACUUCAUAGAGCACAAAGUGCUCGCUUCUCCACCACACACUUGCUUCUCUCUCUCCCAUCGCUCCACAACUACUCACUUCUCAGAGAGUGCCCAGCUGGGCUCGGGGUAGCGGUGUUGUCUUUGUGCUUCCCAGAGUGCUCGGGUGGCCUGGCUGGCUUCGGCCCACAGGCUGGCCUUGAACUCAAGGACUGUCUCCCAGGCACUGGGAUUAAAGGUGUGUGCCACCACACCAGGUUAAACCUUGGGCAUUUUAAAAGGGAAUUCUGCCACUUCUACCACUGAAUGAACCCUCCAAGUCCCCCUCCUCAAAGCCCUGGUAAUUUACAACGCCAACCCAUAACGGUGAUGAUUGCCAGGA